AUGGAGGAGAAGGACGGAGGUGGCGGCUUCAAGAACCUCUUCAUCCGCGAGUACCAAGGCCACAAGAAGAAGGUGAGUUGAGGAAUCCCCUCUGCUCUGCGUUGUUCAAGUUCGGGAUCAAAUUGGAAAGGAAUGGCCUAUGUUUCUGUUUGAUUCCGGCGAAGGUUGGAUAUCUGAUUGUGUUUUUGGAUAUUUUUUAUGUUUUAAGGUGCAUUCGGUUGCUUGGAACUGCACCGGCACGAAGCUGGCAUCCGGUUCCGUGGAUCACACAGCCCGCGUCUGGAACAUCGAUCCCCAAGGCCAUGUGAUGCUCUUCUUUUUCUUCUCUCUGUCUCAUGCCCUUUUUUUCAUCUAGAUAGUACUUCCAUGUUUGCCAUAAGACGAGCGUUCAGUACCUAGGUCGUCACGUGAUGUUAAGAAAGCUUCAGAUAUUGGAAGAAUUACAUAGUUUUUUUUAUUCAUUGCAGUUUCUUCUCGAGAUAAAUGUGAUAUAUAAUGUAGCCUCGCUUGAGAAGGAAGCAUCGCUACGAGAACCGUUGACUGUAGUCGUCAGUUGGCAGACGUUUCCUUGGAGAUUACUCAAGCCGUAUGAAAUCUGGAUUAAGAUCUUUAGUAGCUCUUGGAUUUUUUCUUGUGGUCAACAGAGUUGUAAUGACCAGCUUGGAGAAACAGAGGUCUGAAUAUGCGUGCAUGGAUUCAAUUGUAGAUGGCUUGGAAAUCUCCGUUGUAUGCCACAUACAAUAUUACCUCCCUCCAGUUUGCGGAAACAUUUUGCAGACUCAGAGCUGUCCUCUGGCGUCUUGAAUGAUAUACCAUCCCUCAUUUGAGAACUAUAAUGACCCUGGGGAGUAAUUUGCACCUUCUUGUUUGUGUGAAAGGCAUUUUCUGUACACUUGGCUGGGCUCUUGGUUAUAAAAUUAUAAUUUAUUUCCACUUUCUUAACGAGGGUCUGACAAAGGUUGCAUUCCUCGAAUAAGCAUAGUCUUUUUAGGUUUUGCCAUGGAAAUCUGAUUGAACCCACGCGUCAGUCAGGUGGCAUAUUUUCUGAUAUGCGGAUUUCUAUGGCUCUGUUACCCGAUUAACACUUAUAUCUGAGAUUUUACGCAUUCAAGUAAUUAUUUACCCGAUUAUGCAUUUUUUAAAUAUGAGUACAACUCAUUCAUUAUCUUAUCCUAUUCAAAAGCAGUGCAUUGCGCGAGUCAAGUCAAUUUUUUCUCAUGAAUGAGCCAGAUUGGAUUGAUAUCACGAGAUCAAAUGAAUCCUCAUUCUCAUUCAUUCAUUGAAUGUUAAGUAACUGCAGAUGAAAGAGAUACACGGUCUGAAUUAGUCCGGUGGAAUGGUUGUUAGUGUAUGUACCGUUGUGAGAUAGAUGAGCCAAUUGAGUGGACAAGCUCAUGCCCAGUCGAUUUUUGUCCAAUUUUUCCCUAGAUUGUGCUCGUGAACUUGGAUGAUAAUAGAUGGGUUGUGGAAAUGUCACAAUGUUGUUGCCAGUGCUUUGCUGAGGUCUGAUAUGAUGACCCCAUGUGACUGUCUGUGUUACUGAAAUGUAUGAUAAUUGAGUUGCCUUCGGUCAAGAGGCACUAUAGAUCGUUUCUCGAGAAGGCUGUCAGGAUUAUGAGCUCUCUUGUUUUUUGCCCCCCUCCUGGAAAAAAAAAUUGAAUUGAAAAUUUAUAAAAUCAGAUAUGGGUUUAGACGGAUUCAAGAUAUAAUUGUCGGCCCAAGCUUCACCAUGGUGACUGCAGUCUACUGUAGCCCUUCACCACAUGAUACUCUGGCUUAAUGGUGAUGGAGUACCAUACGGGUUGUCUACUGCGCAUCUAUUACUGGCAAUCGAAUUCAUUAGAUGCUCUUGAGAUUUUAAUGAAGAUUUUUGGUCAUGAACACGGAGGAUAGUUGGUCUACCGUUGAACUCGAAUGAAAUCUUGAUGUUAGCUUUAGGAAUGGUGAUGAAGUGUGGAGUUGGGAUGUGUCUUUCAUCCUCAUUGACGUCACAGUUAUUAUUAUUUAUUUAUCUAUUUAUUUAUUAGAUGAAUGAACACCUUGUGCGUGUGGGUUUCUCGAAGCUUUCUUCUUUCUUGAUGCUUAAGAUACAGGUAAUCAUGUAUACAGAACUUGUAUCUUUCACAGGCUAUAUGUAGCCUCUGGAAGACUGUACAAAUGCCAGUUUACAUGGAUUAUGAACCAGUGAAAGCAAAUAGGCAACGUCCAAUUCUUAAACUUUAGAUUUUUACUGUGCAUACUUUUUCAUUUUGAGUGUGGAUAUGUUAGGGGUUCAUAUUUUUAAUCCAGUUUUCGGCUUCCCUUAUCUUAUUUAUGGUUUGAUGCUAGUGUUGUCACUUUAAACAAUUGAAGAGAAGAUUCGGAAUUGGAGUGCUGUACAUUCUGAGAGCAGUAAAUAAGUAACAUAUCUAACCUUAGCUAAACAAAUUUAACAGAAUAAUCAGAAAAAGAGGAAAACUUAUUCAAUAAUUACCUGUACUACUGCUAGAGAAUGAUAAUUUACAUAUCUUACCGUUCAGAGUAAAUAUAUAGACACCAUAUAUAGCUUGAUAGGCUGAUGGGUAAAGUUUUAUUCGUGUUGCUUAUCUUCGAAAUGCAGGGAAAAGUUAAAGAUAUUGAAUUGAAGGGACACACAGAUAGUGUUGAUCAACUUUGUUGGGAUCCUAAGCAUUCUGAGCUAGUGGCGACUGCAGCUGGAGAUAAAACUGUUCGUCUGUGGGAUGCUCGAAGUAAGUGACACAUUAGUCAAUGACGUUAAACCAUGCUGCAGGCCCGCCACUACAAAGGGUUAUUGAAUGAUGUGACUAUCCGCAUUAAACAAUUUCUUUGUAAACACGGUUGUAACCCUACAAACAGUGUUGUAAACACUACAAACAGUGUUGUAAACACGGAUGUGACUAUCACCAGUCAAUUGUUUUGGGGAGUUCAAGUUCUACAUUGAUAAUCCAUAAAUUACAUUUUAGUGUCACGAAUGCCCUGGCAUCACAUAAUCUUAAACGGACAUUUAUCCUUGUAAUACUGUUCUGCCAUCAUUUCUAGCGUUACACGUAUCCCUGCCUACACCAUAGCAACUCUAAGAUCUUAUAUUUUGUCAUCUCCUACUGCAGAUUUAUGAACUUCAGGUGCACUGCUUCUAUAUAUAAUAUGAAAUUAACUUUUCGGGAGAGAAAAGAUUAUGUUUGUUUAAAUACUAAUAUGUACAGAGAAAUUACGAUUUCUUUUUCCAUGGGUCAUUGAUGAAGUAAUCCAACGUUGAGAAUCAAGUAAUAGUUAAAAUCAUUUAAAAUUGGUUUCGUGUUGUAAUUAGAUUCAGAAAAUAAAGCAUCUUAUUUUGUAUUGACAUAAAGUCGACUAUAAUUUAUUGGCAGCUCUAUAUGCUCAGUAUUACUCUCAUGCGCAGGUGGAAAAUGCUCCCAGCAGGCAGAGCUUAGCGGUGAAAACAUCAAUAUCACAUACAAACCUGAUGGGACCCAUAUAGCUGUUGGAAACAAGGUAUUUCCUAGUAUGAUGGUAACUUUUCCUCUUCAUUUUCAAAUUGUAUUUAGCUGUACUUUCGAAUCAGAUGUCUGAGUCUUCUUCCAUUUCGAGAAGGUCCCGCUAACCAUCCCUCACACCUCCUCUCUUCCUAUCCCUUCUCUAGUUCAAGAUUGUUAUUUUUGUUAGCUAUGAGUCCACAAAAUGGGGAUUUUCGUGGAUAAAAUCCAGUCUUCUCAAUAUCUCGUUUUUCCAUGUGUUAGCCUGAAUGUAGGAUUUUGUGAAUUUAGUUUUAGACAAGUGGAAAAUGAUUAAGAUGACUGAGACAACGCUCGCCUAUUAUCCAAUCAGUAUCUUUGUACGUGCCAUUUAUUGGUUAUGAAGAAAAUUCUCUUGGUUUUUUCCAUAAAAUGUUGACCAAUUUGUGGUACAUUUUAUUUUUCAGGAGGACGAAUUAACAAUAUUGGACGUUCGCAAGUUUAAACCAAUUCACAGGCGGAAAUUUAAUUAUGAGGUGGGUUGAAAAAUAUGAAUUUUCUUAAUUUUUGAAGUAAUUUUAACUUCUUCAAUAGGUUUGUUUAUUUUCUCUCACCUUUAUUGUUUUCAUCCUUUGGCAGUGUAUCACUUUAUUUUUCAUCCAUAUUCUAACAAUAAAAACCACUAGUAUUCUUCUUCAUGAUGCAAAUCCUCUGGCAGCGGAUGCUUAUUUCUUUAGACAGUUGUAAGGCAGGUUUUUCUGCUUAAUUUGGGUUCCAAUCAUUCCUAUGUUAUAUGAAAUUUAAUAUUUGGAGAUCCUCACUUGAGUGUUUUAGCUGUUUCAUAACUAUUAUUUUGGUAAGUGAUGUCUCUUCGAUUGUGAGAUUGAGAUUACAUCUGAGCAUUCCGUAGGCGGCUAUAGACAUUCUUUUCUUGUUGGUUUUCUUACAUUCCCUAGACGAUUGGUGCCAUCUUUGCGUUUUCUGAAUGAUGCUCAUUAAUAUUUUCAUCCAUCUUAGUUUUUCUUUAACCACAUUCUAGUAAUUAUGGUUUCUGCCGCUGAUAUCAACACUUUCUUCCACAUUCAGGUUAAUGAGAUCGCUUGGAACACAACAGGAGAGCUAUUUUUUCUCACAACGGGAAAUGGUUAGAACCAUUAUUUUGUGCGUAUUGUAAUCCUCUAUAUAACAACCAGGAUGAGCGGAAGAUAGCAGAAGUCGGGGUUUUGAAGAGUCAUAUAUUAUAUUGUACCUUUCUAUGAGAAGAUCUUUAUCUUUCUUUUCUUCUUUUAGGUACUGUUGAAGUGUUGGGCUACCCAUCCCUGAAGGUCCUCCACACCUUGAUGGCCCAUACAGCCGGAUGCUAUUGCAUUGCAAUCGAUCCCAUUGGCAGGUGCGUUGGAUCACUUCCUUUUUUUUUUCACUGCGAUCUUCUUCUUUAUCGAAUCGGAAUCCAAGUAGCAUCCAAUCCUCCUUGCUUUGAAUCAAUAUCAUGUAUGAAGUGGCAAGAAUGUUAGGACAGAAGAUAUUCUAUGUAUUGUACAGAGAAAGGAUUUGAGAAUUCUGUGAAGUCAGUCUUAGGUCAAAAGGAGUGUUUGGCUUCGUGGAAAUCAAUGCCGAUUAUUGCCAAAUUGGUCCAUUGAAGCGAGUGUUCCUAAACGACAUCAGAUUCUUAGGUGGGCACAUUUCUAUUCUUGGGUCGCUUUCUACUUGCUGCCAGAGUUCAGGCCCACAGUCAUUAGGGAGGAAAGUCUCCUUAACCAGGCAGAUAGAUGCAAGCGACGACCCACUACACAUUGUCUGACAUUUCUGCCGACUCCGCUGACUUUUCAAGGUCUGGGUCUUUGAACUCCUCACUUCCGCAGGUACUUCGCUGUUGGGAGUGCCGACUCUCUUGUGAGUCUCUGGGAUAUCUCCGAGAUGCUGUGCCUCCGAACAUUCACAAAUCUUCAGUACGUCUCAAUUCUCUCUCUUCAUACGAGACGGCAAUGGAUUCUGAUCUCCGUGUGGCACAUCGCAGGUGGCCCGUGAGGACGAUCAGUUUCAACAACACGGGCGAAUACAUUGCUUCAGCUAGUGAAGACGCGUACGUUGACAUUGUAAGCCUCGUACUGUUUUUGCGAGCUUUUCUGUCCGCCUCGUGGAUGGCGCGGGCCCUCAAUCACCCGGUUCGUGUUUUUUGUCUGAUCCAGUCCGACGUCCAGACCGGGCGAGCAGUGCAUCAAAUUCCCUGCAAGGCUCCGAUGAACAGCGUCGAAUGGAAUCCCAAGUACAAUCUACUGGCUUACGCGGGAGACGACAAGAACAAGUACCAGGCCGAUGAAGGUACUUCCUUUUCACUUUCUUUUUAUGGCAUGUCUAUGAAAACUCCCGUCAUGAGGAAAAUAUGCCAUUAAAAGUCACUCCCUUGGGGAGCUGUCUGGUCAACCAUGUCAGUGAAGCCUGACUGAGGAUGAUCUCCACCGCCUCUUUCUGCAGGUACAUUUCGGGUGUUUGGUUUUGAGACGGCUUAA